AGAGUAGUAAACAGGAAACUCUUUCACAUAAACUUUUUGCGCUCGAUAUUUGGAUAUUUUAGCGUCGUUUCAAGUUAUUCGAAUAUUCCUUUGUUGUAUAGCUCUGUGACUAGCCUUAAAAUGGCAAGUAUAGAAGAAAAUGGCUCAAACCCUAAACGACAAAAGUUGACCGAUCUUCCAGAAAGAGGGAAUGCAGAUGGAGCUGGAGAUGAAGACGAAAGAGGUCUUUUCUUUAAAGAUUUUACCACAACAUCCGUUUUGAGAGAAGAUACUAAAGCAAAGUUGAUGACUCUUAAAGGGAAAUUUAAUGGCAAAGAUGGCGAUGCUGUAGUGCUUCUAGAGAAGCUGCCUUUUGACAAGGAAACUGUUGCUAACUUGAUGAGCUCCUCUACGAUGCACCAAACUUUGAAUAAUGAUAUUUAUAGCACUUAUGAAGCAUUUCCUCCAACAAACUUUCCAGAUUAUAAAACCACCAUGAUUUAUCCAGCUACUGAGAAACAUGUGAUCAAAUAUUCAGAACAGGACAUGUAUGUAGUAAGGGAGACCAAAGAUCUGUAUGAAAAUGUCACAAAACAAUGUCUAGAAAAAAAUCAAUUCAGUAUACAAUGGGUGUAUAAUAUUCUGGAGAAAAAAUGUGAAUCAGAACGUAUAGUUUUUGAGGAUCCAGAUCCUGUGAAUGGAUUUAUUCUACUUCCAGAUUUGAAAUGGAAUCGUAAGGAUUUAGACAGCUUAUAUUUAGUGGCAAUCACUCAUAAUCAUAUCAAAUCCUUAAGGGAUCUAAACAAAGAAUCUUUACCACUUCUCAAAAAUAUUCUUAAAUCAGGGACAGAAGCUAUUGAAAAAGAAUUUAACAUUCCUGUUUCAAAACUGAGAAUUUAUGUUCAUUAUCAACCUUCAUAUUAUCAUUUGCAUGUUCAUUUUUCAAAUUUAAAAUUUGAUGCACCAGGGACAGAUGUACUUAGAGCCCAUCUCCUGGAUUCUAUCAUUGAAAAUAUUGAGAUGGACAGUCAAUAUUAUGAAAAUAAAACUUUACAUUAUACUGUAAAAGAAAAUGAUGUUUUACAUCAAGCUUAUAAGGAUCAUGGAUAUUUCAAAUAAAGCAUUUUACCUUG